CAGUUCACGUCUCCCCCGAGCUGGUUUUUUGCUGCUUGGCUUUCGCUAUCGCGCGUUUGUGUGUUGUCAUUACUAGGCGAGUUGUCGUCGAUUUGUUGUGUGGUUUCCGCUUCCUUUCACGUGUUCGUUCGUGGUGGUGUAUCGAGCGGUCGGAUCCUAUCGGUGCGGUCGUACCGGCAUCCAUGGCCGGCAAUAUGGUGUGGUGCAGCAAAGUGAUCGUUCACUGUCGUGUCUUGGGGACGGUGCCGUAUUAGAGUUGGCAGCUGGUUCAGACAGGACUUCGACCCGUUUUCUUCCGACACGGGAGAGGUUAGAGAGCACUGCCACAGUGGACAAGGUUCGUCUUCUGCUUGCACACGCGUGCAGUGUCCAUCCGUCCGGGGCCAGCGUGCGCUGAACUCGGUUCGACUUUCAUCGUCUGGACAGUCAAGUUCGGGGUCUCCAGUCACGAUCACGCCUUGAACACGCAGACUCUGGGGUUUUUUUUGCACAGACCAUCUACACUUUACCGACUUCCCCGACCGAAAGGGAUGCAGUCGUUAAUAUGAAAGUUUAAAUCGAAAUCUGUACAUCGGUUUAGUGAUGGAAACAAAGAGCCAUUCUCAAGCGCAGUAACCAGUUCAAGUGCGGACUCUAUCGUGUGGGUGUUUUGAAGAACGAAUCCCAAAAAGGAAUGGACGAACAAUAAUCGAUGGGAAGGCAGCCAGCAGCUACGGGAAGGUACAUUGCAAAAGGGCUUCCCAACGAUAACACGUGUUAGAAACUCGAACACUUUAACCACCAGCGUCCAGGUGUUUAAAACUAUCUGAACGGUGAGCGAUGCGAAUACUGCGAGGCGAAAGUGUUCCGAUGACUGGCUAAAAAGAGUGAACCAAAAAAAAGCGGGACGUCGAUCAAGUUCCACACCACUUUCCUGGCAGUUUCUUUAAAGUUCUAUCCACAAAAAGUAUCGUUGGGAGCUGCUUUCCUACCAAGAAUCGAGCGAAGUGUCUCAUUAAGAAGGCGAAGAACGACACAAGAUCGAACUCCGGUGAAACCGACGCUGGUUUGAUUCUGAUCAAUCACUUGACGCACACUAGCUACUGUACAGGGAGUUACAACAUCACCGACAAAAUGGCAAUACCGAGUUUCGAUCCGGCCACAUCACCGUACCCCGUUUGCGUUUCACCCGUCCCCAUCCGUUUCGGUCCUUGGAAGGCGUAAUAUCUUGCCCUAGAGCAAGGGGUCUAGAUUUGACCGAAAAAAGAGUAGUAUACACAGCCAACACACUCGAUCAACCCCGGACCGAGGAACAAGCUCCAAUCCUUCGGUGGGCAGUAAUUGAAAAUUCAAAACCACCCCUUCACGUACGUCCAGAAACCGGACAAGGCCUAAGCCUACACGUCAACGCGAGUGCACCGGAGUGCCGUUGCUGAGAGUCCAAAAAAAAAAACAGUGCAGCCAGUUUGGUGGUGGCCCCUCCCGGUGGUCUCCGAAAAACUUAACCGAAGGCAUGACGAAUUUAAACAAGCUCAAGGUGGUCGUCAUUGGCAGUGCCAAAGUUGGCAAAUCAGCCGUCACGGUGCGUUAUCUCACGAAGCGUUACAUUGGGGAGUACAGCUCGGCCAGAGACUUCCUCUAUCGGCACAGUGUCACCUAUGACAAUAUUACGACCGAGGUGGAAAUUAUGGACACAUCCCGAUGUGAUAAACGUGGUUGCUUAUACGAACAUCUACGCUGGGGUGACGCUUUCGUGGUCGUCUACUCUAUCUGUGAUAAGGCGAGCUUCGAGGAAGCUGCCGAUUACCUGCAACAGUUGACCAAGCUGAAGUUGCCCUCGUACUAUACGUUGCUCUUAUUGGGCAACAAAAGUGAUCUCGAUCAUGCGAGGGAAAUUUCGGUAAACGACGGACAGGAGCUAUCGUUCAGAUAUUCGUGUCAGUUCUACGAGGUAUCGGCGGCGGAAAAUUUUGCCGGCGUUUCACUCGCAUUCCACUCGCUGAUUCGCGAGGCACGUUCCACCCAGCUUUUCCGGGCACUUCCUAUGCGAAGGAAAUUAGGCGUUAACAGUGUAUCGAAAGCGCUCGGUAACAUCUUUGGCAAGAAUAGCAAAGGCGAACGAAAGAAGCGUCCCUCGCUCAGCAUAUGACAGCCACCGAUUCUAACAGCCGCUAGCGAUAAAACGAACGGAUCAAGCUACCGAAAUGUGGGCCACCAUUAGGCGGUAGUGGCUUUCCAUCCAACUACUACUGCUGUUGUACAUAUGUGUUAGAAUUACGUGACGCGGAAUCAUAUAGCGUGUAAGGAUCUUCUAGUAUCAUAACGUUCCCAUAGGAUAUAGCGUAACUAACAUCUGUGACACAAAUACAGCCAUUCCGGAGGAUACAUCCUUCUCCCUCGUUAGUAGCAAGUAAGCAGAUUCGUUUACUACAUAGCAGUGCUUGGAAACAUUCGUUCAAUUUUAGCCCCUGCCGCCAUUUCGGUAAGAUUUUAUCGAUUUGUAGUUUGCAUUACGUUCCUAUAGAUCAGUUCGGUUAGACAACACUUGCCGAUCGUGUAAGCAUCAUGGAGAAAACUAACAAAAAAAAGUAGCGAUUAUGAAGACAGCCUAACUCUCUUAAGACAUCGGAAGGCAGAAAAUGAGGAUGAAGGCAAUGCUCUCAAUUAAAAAAAAUCUUAUGUUUGGAAAAUGAAGCUUUUAGUUGUAAGGACAGAAAUUUAUAAUGUAUAAUGUUAGGAUUUAAAUUAAAGAUGUAAAUUUAAUAUCAAAG